GGCUGAGCCCGGCCCGGCCCUCGGGGCGGAGCCGGCGGCGCAGCGCCCGGCGGAGCGGGGAGCGCGGCGGAGCCCCCCGCAGCCCCCCGGCCCCGGCAUGAGCUUCCCGCGGCCCCUGCGCCGCUCCGUGAGCCUCAGCCCGGCCCGGACCCUGCGCCUCGUCGUGCUGGGGCAGAGCGCCGUGGGCAAGACAGCACUGACUGUAAGAUUCAUCACCAGGAGGUUCAUUGGGGACUACGACCCAACUCUAGAAAUGAUCUACAGACACAUGGCUGUCAUCGAUGGGGAGAUGGUGCACUUCGAGAUCCUCGAUACAGCAGGACAGGAGGAGGAUUCCCUGCAGAUAGAGGAGAAGAUCAAGUGGGGCGAUGGCUUCGCUGUGGUCUACUCGGUGACAGACAGGUGCAGCUUUGACGAGGUCAUGCGGCUGUGUUUCCUCAUCAACCACAUCCACUCGAGCCCCAAGCGGAGCAGCGGGAGCGAGCAGCCCCCUGUGGUCAUCGUGGGCAACAAGAAGGACUUGCAGUUCGACAGGAUGGUGUCCACGGAGGAUGGUGAAAACCUCUCGAAAGCCUUGAAGCUUCCUUUCUAUGAGAUCUCCACCCGGGACAGCUAUGAAGAGACCGUGGCGGUGUUCAACAGCCUCUACCAGGAGCUCAUGAGGCAGGGGCAUUUCUCCCCGGGUUCCUUCAAGAGGAGGACGGUGUCGAAGCUGAUGGAGAAGAUCCCCAAGAUGCAAGCCAGCUCCACCUUGAACUCAGCGGGCCGGAGCCUCAGCUUUAACUCCUUCAGGGACUACAUCCCCGAGUGAGCGUCCCCAGUGCGAAGGCAAGAGCCGGGACCGAGGGACAGGUUAUCCCUGAAGCCCGCUGCUUCAGCCCCAGGGUUGAGGGGCAGCUCGUGGGGCUGGCUCCUAGGAGGGCAAGGCUAAGACGUGGGGAGGGUGGGAUUGGGGUCCAACAGCCUUUUAAAGCCCGUAGGCUUUUACACAUGGGCUUUGCGUCAACAGGGAAGAUGUUCUACGUUCAUCUUACCCCUUCGCUCCCUCUUCCUCAUCCUGCAUGGCUGAAGUCAGGAGCGACGGCGGUUCGUGGUAACUUCGGUGGUGUCGGGUCAACCCUCGCAGCCUCAGAAGUGUUUCAGCGGGGAUCAGACCCAGCACAGACACGCCUGUGUGGGUUUUCCUGCUCCCCUAAGAAAGCUUGCUGGGUCUGUGCCCCGAAGCGCGCACCCACCACGCCGGGGUGACCCUGAGGCUCGCGCUGGCCCCUGGGCUGUCGUCAGCCACCCCUGUCCCAGGGAAACCGGCCGUCGCUUCUGCUGCUCGGUGUUGCUGGUGGGUAAAAUCCCCUGUGUUUAGUGGUGGCUGCUCAAAACCUUUCCAGCCUGGCCGGUCGCUCCAGGGAGCAGGAGGGGGGUGCCCUGCCCACAUGCACCCCUCGCUGCCCCUAGACCCGCCCGUGUGUGGGCUGGCGGGCGGCGGGGGGCUGUCUGCCCCUCUGCCUCUGCUGUGGCCCUCCCUGAAGAGCCAGGCCAGCCGGUUUGCCCAUCUGCAGCCACCAGUGUCUGUCUGUCGGAGCCCAGGGCUGCAUUUCCAUCCCGGUUUUCCCCUGGGUUUGUGAACUGAAGCGGCUCGCAGAGGGGCAGACCCCCCACGUCCCCUGCCUGUAGUGGAGCUGCAGGGCCCCAGCUCUGCUGGAGCCCUUCUCCCUCCCUGGGUGUUCACGGGCCGGCACCAAGGGCAUGCUUAAAAGCAAAACAGAGAUCUGUUUACAGUGGGGGAAAAAAAGCCUGUUAAUCCCUGGCUUUUCUAAAAACCCAUUUUUUUAACAUUUCAGGCUCCUUGGGCUGCUCUCCUUUAAUAACACUGUAAAUAAAGUCCCGGGCAAAGGGCAGCGACGGCAGCAGAUGUUGCUGCUCCAUCUCAGGCUGCAGGCACCACGUGCUCACUGCUGUGCUGGGGUUUCUGCCUUUGCCGAGGCUCCUCCUUACGUUACGUUCCCAUCUCGCUCGGGGCAGCCCAUCCUCAAGGGGAGGCAAAGCAAACAGGCUGCAUUUCUGAUGUACGUUGAAACCUUAGGCUAAGAUCACGAUUCUCCACCCUACAGGAACAGUAUUCCCAGGGCAGCUUCUCCUGAUAAUGCCUUUGCCCUGCAACUCAGCUGCACGUAGCACGAGCAAAAACCACUGGGUGCCAGUUUGAAGUACGGAUGCAAAGGAGCCAAUACCAGGAGGUGCAAAUGAUGCUCCUUGCAGGGACCCCCUUGUCUGCUUAUUAAUUUCCCUGUGUCCAAAGGGAAAAUCGCCACAGCCUGAGAAUUUGUCUUUUUGCACAGAGAUGGGGCAGCAAAGGCACGGAAAGGAGCAGUGCUUGCAGCCAGUGGCAUCUUCUCCCUGCAGCACCGUGUCUCUCCCUCCUGAUGCAGAGCGCUGCGUUGCUGUUCGAGGUGAACGUGCGGGAAGACCUGCGGUGUAACACGCCCGUGUCCCCCCUGUAGCAACCUAUCGUGUCGCCUGCUGCUGCGUCCUCUGACAAUAAAAGCCGAGUUAGCAAACA